GCCAAUUGGGCCGGUUGGGUGCUGUGCAUCCUGGGAGUUGUAGUUUGCAGUUCCCCACUGCCGACUACAAGAUCUACAGAACGGCUGAGGACGGUUGCCUGGUGCCAUUAGCAAGCGGCAAGUAUGGCGGUAGCGCGAGCCGACGGAGCUCUGACUCCGGGAGAAGGAUCAGUGGUGAACUGGUCAGGGCAGGGACUACAGAAAUUAGGUCCCAACUUGCCCUGUGAAGCUGAUGUUCACACAUUGAUUCUGGAUAAAAAUCAGAUUAUUAAACUGGAAAAUCUAGAGAAAUGCAAACAAUUAAUACAGUUGUCAGUGGCUAAUAAUCGGCUGGUUCGGAUGAUGGGCGUGGCCAAACUUACUCAACUCCGGGUGUUAAAUUUACCUCAUAAUAGUAUUGGCUGCGUGGAAGGACUGAAGGACCUAGUCCACUUGGAAUGGCUGAAUUUAGCAGGAAAUAAUCUGAAGACCAUGGAGCAAAUCAAUAGCUGCACAGCGCUACAACACCUGGACUUGUCGGACAAUAGCAUACCCCAGAUAGGUGACCUGUCAAAACUGGUGUCUUUGAAGACCUUGCUUUUACAUGGAAACAUCAUCACUUCUCUUAGAAUGGCACCUGCAUAUCUACCCAGAAGCCUUUCUAUAUUGUCUUUGGCAGAAAAUGAAAUCAGAGACUUAAAUGAGAUCUCGUUUUUGGCUUCUCUAAGUGAGUUGGAGCAGUUGUCAAUCAUGAACAAUCCUUGUGUGAUGGCAACACCGUCCAUUCCAGGGUUUGACUACCGGCCAUACAUCGUCAACUGGUGCUUAAAUCUCAGAGUACUAGAUGGAUAUGUGAUUUCGCAGAAGGAAAGUUUGAAAGCUGAAUGGCUUUAUAGUCAAGGCAAGGGACGAGCAUAUCGGCCUGGCCAGCAUAUCCAGCUUGUGCAGUACCUGGCUACAGUCUGUCCUCUUAUUUCUGCACUGGGCCUUCAGACUGCAGAGGAUGCCAAACUCGAGAAGAUUCUGAGUAAACAGAGGUUCCACCAGAGGCAGCUGAUGAACCAAAGCCAAAAUGAAGAGUUGUCUUCUCUUGCUCCUGUUGAAACAAGGGCACCCCUUACCCCUGAGUGCUCAAGCCCUGUUCAGGAUUUCCAGGAAAGCGAGCCUGUUCUCCAAAUCAAUUCUUGGGUUGGGAUAAGCAGUAAUGAUGAUCAGUUAUAUGCUGUUAAGAAUAACUUCCCAGCCUCUGCACACACUACAAGAUAUUCUCGGAAUGACCUUCACCUGGAAGACAUACAGACAGACGAGGACAAGCUCAACUGCAGUCUGCUCUCUUCAGAGUCCACUUUUAUGCCCGUUGCAUCAGGACUGUCUCCAGUAUCACCCACUGUGGAGCUGAGGCUACAGGGCAUCAACUUGGGCCUAGAAGAUGACGACGAUACAGAUGAAGCCAUGCAAAGGCUGGAAAGCCAGGACUUGGACAAGGACAAGGAAAAGCCUUUGUGGGAUACAAAUGAGAGUUCUGCUCAAGUGCUGAAAGGUAAGAUGAGUACAGAAGUAAAGGAGAAAGCGGGGCUGUUUCCUUGUCCCAAGUCAGUGCUCAUCAAUGCUCUCUUGAAGGAGGAUAACCAUGGUCUUACAUCUUUUCCGGAGUCAGUUGGACAUAGCGUAUCCCACGUAGAGCCAAACAGUGAAGAAACCGUGUCUCCCACCACUUCAGAGAAAUCUCCCUGCAGGAUUUUUACCCAGAGAUCUGUUGCUUUGGGACAAGAUAAAGUCACCCUUCAGAAACUGAAUGCAGCUGCCACUAAGCUUCAGGCCUGUUGGCGGGGCUUUUAUACCAGGAACUACAGUCCACAAGCCAAAGGGGUACGUUAUGAAAUCCGGCUGCGCAGAAUGCAGGAGCACAUUGUCUGCCUGACUGAUGAAGUAAGGAGAUUAAGAAAAGAAAGAGAUGAAGAGCGUGUGAAAGCUUCUGUACAAGAAGAAGCUGUCAGAUUCCUUUGGAACGAGGUGAGAUCCCUACAAGCUUGGCAACGGGCAGUGGAGCAGCGUCUAACUUCCUGGCAUACCGAUGUUCCUCGUGCAUCUAGUACUCUAGUGUCACCUCAAGCUCCAGUAUUUCCACAGCGCCAGGCCCUCGCUUCUGAUCAGAAUCCUGAUUGGCUCCUUGCUGAGGCUGAAGCGUCUCAAGAGAGAUCUGUUCCAGAAUUCCCAGACUCUGGUUUUCAUUCCUCCCUAACAGAACAAGUUCACUGUUUGAAGGAUUCUUUGGAUUUUGAACAGAGUUCCGUAGAAAGCAGUGAAAGCUCCAUGUUGGGGAAUUCCACGGACACAGUGAAAUGCGGCGGAGACGCCGACUUUGAGGCCGUGAGUGGGGAGCACGCAGACUGUAGCAAGGGAAGCUCCAACAGCGAGCAGGACAACACCCUGCUCGCACAGUAUUUAUCUUCAGUCCAGCAGCUGGACGAGGCCGAUGAGAGGACAGAUUCUGACGAUGUGGCAGGAGACAGUACGUGCCACGUAGCUUGUUCCCCCGAAGGGUUGGAUGCCUCCUCUGAGAUCGAGGCUCCUGGAGUAUCUCCCACUUUACAGGAUGAGAUUAGCCAGGCCCCAGAGAAUUGUAAGUUAAACGCGGACGUUCAAGGGCAGCAGCCGGAAUGUGAGGCCGCAUUUCAGGUGUUGCAUGUGGGUGUCACUGUGUAAGCUGUCUGAUUUAACGGGGGAACAGAGAUUCACUUGGAUUUUCUCAGUGUUUUCAGUUGCUUCUUUUCUUUUGCAGGGGGGCAGACUUCCCCCAUUCUGUUAUUAUUUCUAUAAAACUUGUAUUCUUGUUCCGUAUUUUUCAGAUUUGAGAUAUUGAGCUAAGUCUUCAUUUUGAUUGUACUAAUGUACUAAAAAUAUUGAUAUUAAAAGGCAUAUGCACUUUAUUUCUUAAUAAUUACACCAAUGUUUCUUUUACAUACUUCCUUUCAAAAACAGUUUCUUAAAGUAUUUUUGGCAAUUUAAACAAGAGAGCUUUGUUCUUCCUAAUUACAUAGUAAGGAAUAUAAUAUGUAGGAUGAGGAUUAUGAACAACUGAAAUUUACUGGACAGUCUCCUUGAACUAGAAAUAUGUCUUUCCUCCCUUUGAGUUAUAGGAGUGUGUGUAUGUGUGUAUGUGUAUGUGUGUAUGUGUGUGUGUAUUGGCAGUAAACCCAGAGCCCCAGAAUGCUAAGUAUUUGCUCUGCCACUCAACUGUCAUCUUAAUCCUAGAUUAUAAGGUUUUUAAAUGGGGUGAUUAAACUGCCUCAUGACAAACUUUAGGUAAUUUGUGGAUCAGUUUUGAAGUAAAGUAUUUCAUAUAAGGUUAAAAUCAAGCUUACUUGGGCAAGAGUAUUUCUCUUUGAUGUGGAGAAAGACCACCUAAUGCUAGUCACUUGAAAUAAUGCUGGUCUAAUGUUUUAUAAUUUCAUUAUGUGCAUUUUUAGCCUACUCACAUUUAUGUGCCAAUAUUUUGGGAAGAAACAUAUUGUAAGAAAUCAAUAUGCAUUCAUCAUUAUGUUCUUUUAUUUCUAUAUGUAUUUUACCAGAAGGACCCAAGCUAUUCUUUUCAUUUUGUGUGUGUGUGUGUGUGUGUGUGUGUGUGAGAGAGAGAGAGAGAGAGAGAGAGAGAGAGAGAGAGAGAGAGAGAGAGAGAGAGAGAGAGAGAGAUUGAUCCUGGGGGCCCAAUCUAGGGCCCUGUGUGUGCUAGGUAAAUACUGUACCACUGAGCUGCACUCUUGACCUUUGUUUCAUAGCGGAGAACAUUUAAAAUCCUGCUACUGAGAGAUUGGGAAUGGAUUUUUAAAAUGGAUUUUUAUCUAAUCUCUGAAAAAAGCCAUAUUUGACAGAAAAUUUAUUUGUAGUUAAGAAAAAAAUAAGCCAGGCUGGGCCUGGUGGUGAAUGCCUUUGA